AAGACCGGCUCGAGCCGGUAGGCUAUAAAGAGCUGACAGAACAGUAAGGAAAUAAGGAAACGGUUGGUUUACUUUAACAGAAGACACAGAUGUGUUUUAGGCAUUCAAGAAAGAGAGGACAGAUACAGUAACAUAAUAAGAUAUGAUUCUUCUUGUGGAUCGGACAAGAGGACAUUUUUACAUCAUGCUUAAAAAUAUGUUGCUUUAGUCCAGAACAUCGAUUCGUCUGAUCGGAAGCGGAAGAGACAGAGCUGGUAGACUAAUGUUAUAGGGAGAACAUAGAAAUAACAUACCGAUAAACUAGCUGCUCAUUUUGCCAUUAAAACCUGUUCGUUAUAUUCGACAGUCGACUAUUCUGUGUCGAUCACUUUUCCGACUAGACUGAUCGUCGCUCUGUUGGUGCUCAGACCCAGCCAUGCGGGGGUUAAAGUCAGCGGUGCGGGGGUCCGGGGGAUGUGGGGGUCCGUGUGUGUACGAGGCGGUGCCAGACGGGGGCUGGGGCUGGGCGGUGGCCGUGGCCUUCUUCUUCGUUGAGGUGUUUACUUACGGGACCAUCAAGUCUCUGGGGGUGUUCCUCGAGGACCUCAUGACAGAGUUUGGGGAGAGCAACAGCAGAGUAUCCUGGGUCAUCGCAAUCUGCGUCUUCAUCGUCACAUUCACAGCCCCUCUGUCCACGGUGCUCAGUAACCGGUUUGGGUACCGUCCCAUAGUGAUUGGGGGUUUUCUGGUCAGUCUGGGUACCAUCAGCUCUGCUUUCGUCUCCUCUAUCAACGAGAUGUACGUCACCAUCGGCAUCGUCUCAGGUCUGGGGUACUGCCUGACCUUCCUGCCCACCAUCACCAUCCUGUCCCAGUACUUCAACAGGAGGAGGUCCCUGGUCACCGCCCUGGCCUCCUCAGGGGAGCCCUUCGCCAUGUUUGUCUUCGCACCAGCCUUCAUGGCCUUGAAGGAGAUCAUCGGCUGGCGCCACUGCCUCAUUGUCAUCGGUCUCAUGCAGGCCUCCGUGAUUGGCUGCGGCGCUCUGCUUCGACCAAUCAUCAUCAGACCUGACCAGGAAGUGUCAGGGGAGGUGUCCAAUAAGGAGAAGCUGUCCGUUGAGCUGCAGACGGUCUACGAGCUGGAGAAUGAGGACACCCAGACCAACGUUAGCUCGGGGGAGUCUGAGGACUCAGGGGAUUCUGGGGUCACCUCUCUGUCCACCUCCAGUGCUGACCUCCGGGCCGCCACAGCCGCACAGGACCCCUCAGAGACCCGGGCCCUCAUGGAGGACCAGGGGGAGAAGAACCAGGGGGGACAGGCAGCCCUUGGAACCCCACUGAAUCAGCUGGAGGCUGGGGAGAAAGAGCAGGGUGAGGUGGGUCCCCUUGUUCAACCCUCCAGACCUAAACUUCUAGACUUUUCUGUGUUGAAAGAUGGAGCGUUCAUCUGCUACUCUCUGUUCGGUCUCUUCGCCACGCUGGGGUUCUUCGCCCCGUCACUUUACAUCAUAGAGCUCAGUAAGAGCCGCGGCGUCCACCCAGAAAAGUCGGCCUACAUGCUCUCUGUAAUGGCGGUGUCCGAGGUCUGCGGGCGCCUCUCCAUCGGGGUCAUUUUAAACAAGGUGCGGCUGCGUAAGACCCAGGUGCUUCUGGGAUGUGUAGUUCUGCUGUGUCUGGUGCUGCUUGCCUUCACUCAGGUGACUGAGUUCUGGGGCCUGGCAGCCUGCUGCUGUCUCUAUGGCUUCCUGAUGGGCACCGUGGGUUCGACACACAUCCCCAUGCUGGCAGAGGACGACGUGGUGGGCAUAGACAGGAUGCCCUCGUCCGUGGGGGUCUAUGUGUGUAUCCAGAGCUUUGCUGGGUUGGCAGGCCCACCGCUGGGGGGCCUGUUGGUGGACAAGACCCAGAACUAUGGCUCAGCCUUCUACUCCUGUGCUGUGGGAAUGGGCCUGGGCGCCAUCUUCCUCGCCAUGGUGGGGCCUGCCAAGUCUGGCCUCUGCCACCGCGGGAAGACGAGAAAACAGGAGGAGGAGGAGGAUGAAGGAGAGGAGGAAGGAGGAGAGGAGAGAGGAGGAGACGAGGAGGAGAAGGUUUCUCAGGACAGUGGAUCAACAGAUUAUCUAGAUGUUGAUCUGGUUGAGGAGACCAGUCCGGCUAAAUGGUCCCCAAAACAGGAGACCAACGCGGUCUGAACGCGGUUGAAUAGCUAAGACAGAACCACAACCAGGCCUCCUUUGGAACUUCUGAACUCAAUGGGACGACCUGGUUAAAUAAAGGUUGAAUAUAAACACAUGACAGCGUUUUACCGACCGCUGCCUGACUGACCGACCAAGGAGGACCUUGACCACUCCAUACUCACAGGUGGUUAGAAUGGAGAACAAACACCCAACCAUCGAGCAAAUAAGAGAACACACACGCUGUCAAACAUGCUACUGAGAGACUGAGUGCUGGACUAACACCUCUGUGGUACAGAAUGUACACACACACACACGCACACACACACACACUGUCAACAUGCUACUGAGAGACUGAGUGCUGGACAAUCACCUCUGUGGUACAGAAUGCACACACACACACACACACACACACACACACACACACACACACACACACACACACACGCUACUGAGAGACUGAGUGCUGGACAAUCACCUCUGUGGUACAGAAUGUACACACACACACACACGGCUUUGACCUGUUCACCCUCUCAGAUGUCAUUCACAUACACUUGCAUUACAGCGAACAACUGUCUUAGGUGCAUUCCUAUUGACCAAGUCUCUCUCCUCAGAGUCAACCAAACUCCAUGCAUGGCUGAGACACAGGCUUUUAACAUGAUUACCGCUCUGUCAGUAGUUGAUAUAACCAUGAUAUGACCUUUCUGUUCAUAGUUAUAACCAUGAUAUGACCCCUCUGUUCAUAGUUAUAACCAUGAUCUGACCUUUCUGUUCAUAGUUAUAACCAUGAUAUGACCUUUCUGUUCAUAGUUAUAACCAUGAUAUGACCUCUCUGUUCAUAGUUAUAACCAUGAUCUGACCUCUCUGUUCAUAGUUAUAACCAUGACCUGACCUCUGUUCAUAGUUAUAACCAUGAUCUGACCUUUCUGUUCAUAGUUAUAACCAUGAUAUGACCUCUCUGUUCAUAGUUAUAACCAUGAUCUGACCUCUCUGUUCAUAGUUAUAACCAUGAUCUGACCUUUCUGUUCAUAGUUAUAACCAUGAUAUGACCUUUCUGUUCAUAGUUAUAACCAUGAUAUGACCUCUCGGUUCAUAGUUAUAACCAUGAUAUGACCCCUCUGUUCAUAGUUAUAACCAUGAUAUGACCUUUCUGUUCAUAGUUAUAACCAUGAUCUGACCCCUCUGUUCAUAGUUAUAACCAUGAUCUGACCUCUCUGUUCAUAGUUAUAACCGUGAUAUGACCCCUCUGUUCAUAGUUAUAACCGUGAUAUGACCCCUCUGUUCAUAGUUAUAACCAUGAUAUGACCUUUCUGUUCAUAGUUAUAACCAUGAUAUGACCUUUCUGUUCAUAGUUAUAACCAUGAUCUGACCUUUCUGUUCAUAGUUAUAACCAUGACCUGACCUCUGUUCAUAGUUAUAACCAUGAUCUGACCUCUCUGUUCAUAGUUAUAACCAUGAUCUGACCUUUCUGUUCAUAGUUAUAACCAUGAUAUGACCUCUCUGUUCAUAGUUAUAACCAUGACCUGACCUCUGUUCAUAGUUAUAACCAUGAUAUGACCUCUCGGUUCAUAGUUAUAACCAUGAUAUGACCUCUGUUCAUAGUUAUAACCAUGAUAUGACCUCUCGGUUCAUAGUUAUAACCAUGAUAUGACCUCUCUGUUCAUAGUUAUAACCAUGAUCUGACCUCUCUGUUCAUAGUUCUAACCAUGAUCUGACCUCUCUGUUCAUAGUUAUAACCAUGAUCUGACCUCUCUGUUCAUAGUUAUAACCAUGAUCUGACCUCUGUUCAUAGUUAUAACCAUGAUCUGACCUUUCUGUUCAUAGUUAUAACCAUGAUCUGACCUUUCUGUUCAUAGUUAUAACCAUGAUCUGACCUCUCUGUUCAUAGUUAUAACCAUGAUCUGACCUCUCUGUUCAUAGUUAUAACCAUGAUAUGACCUCUCUGUUCAUAGUUCUAACCAUGAUAUGACCUUUCUGUUCAUAGUUAUAACCAUGACCUGACCUCUGUUCAUAGUUAUAACCAUGAUCUGACCUCUCUGUUCAUAGUUAUAACCAUGAUAUGACCCCUCUGUUCAUAGUUAUAACCAUGAUAUGACCUCUGUUCAUAGUUAUAACCGUGAUAUGACCUCUCUGUUCAUAGUUAUAACCGUGAUAUGACCCCUCUGUUCAUAGUUAUAACCAUGAUAUGACCCCUCUGUUCAUAGUUAUAACCAUGAUCUGACCUCUCUGUUCAUAGUUAUAACCGUGAUAUGACCCCUCUGUUCAUAGUUAUAACCAUGAUAUGACCCCUCUGUUCAUAGUUAUAACCAUGAUAUGAUCUCUCGGUUCAUAGUUCUCACCAUGAUAUGACCUCUCUGUUCAGAGUUCUCACCAUGACAUGAUCUCUCGGGUUCAUAGUUCUAACCAUGAUGACUGUUUCUCUGUCUCAACCCCUCCGUUGAUGCCAAAGGCCUGGUAGUGACAGGUCCUGUCUUUAUAUCGAUGACUAUUAUGAUGUUUGAAUAUGAAUUACUCCUGUUACCCAAGCACACUGCCACCACAGUAUUCUGCACAGCCUGUACACGGUAUGUAUUCAGCCUGUACACGGUAUGUGUUCGCCAACAGUCUACUUCCUGUACCUAGGUGAUGUAUAAAUGGGAUAUAACAGUACCAAAUAAGGCCGUAGGUGAAACUAAAGAUGUAUGGAUUACAGUGUGAAUCACGAGCUGUUUCAAUUCAUGUGGAUCACUGCUUUACCUGUCAAUCAAACAAUCAAAGCUUUUAUUUAUAUUUUUUUAUUUUACCUUUAUUUAACUAGGCAAGUCAGUUAAGAACAAAUUCUUAUUUUCAAUGACGGCCUAGGAACAGUGGGUCAACUGCCUGUUCAGGGGCAGAACGACAGAUUUGUACCUUGUCAGCUCGGGGGUUUGAACUUGCAACCUUCCGGUUACUAGUCCAACGCUCUAACCACUAGGCUACCCUGCCGUGUUUAUUUUAAAAAAUAUAUAUAAAUGCAUUUGAAGCCAAGGCCACAGUGACGAGACAAAACUUCCUAGGUAGGUAGAGGUGGAGAUUUGACUACAAAAGUGUUGAUUCCUCGACUCCUUUGAUCGUCGAAUCCGAAACACCCUGGAGUCUCUCACCACCAUAUUAUGCAGGUGAAGACCUUGAGACAAGGAGAGAGGCCGAUCUCCCUCAGACUGGCCUAAAUGCCCUACCCAAAGACUCUCAGUCACUCAGACCUCUUGCACUGAGAUACAGGAUCUAUCAUCUCUGCUGCAACACUCAUUGCUGAUCAGCUUUUUUUAAUUGAUUAAAUUGAUUUGUUUAUAACAAAUGAACAUUUGAA